UCCCCCGUUUCCGAGAUGCACCAACGCGACCUUGUCCUGUGCCUGGUCUUCCUGGCCACGCCAUGCCUCGGCUCGACCCGCGGGCUCUUCCUCUUCGGGCAGCCCGAGUUCUCCUACAAACGGUCCAACUGCAAGCCCAUUCCCGCCUCCUUGCUCCUGUGCCGGGGGAUCGAGUACCCCAACAUGAGGCUGCCCAACCUGCUGGGCCACGAAACCAUGCAGGAAGUGCUGGAGCAAGCAGGCGCCUGGAUCCCGCUGGUGCAGAAGCAGUGCCACCCGGACACGCGCAAGUUCCUCUGCUCCCUCUUCGCGCCUGUCUGCAUCGACGACCUGGACGAGACCAUCCAGCCUUGCCAUUCGCUCUGCGAGCAGGUGAAAGACAGCUGUGCGCCGGUGAUGUCCGCCUUCGGCUUCCCCUGGCCCGACAUGCUGGACUGCAGCCGCUUCCCCCAGGACAAUGAUCUGUGCAUCCCCCCGGCCAGCAGCGAUCACAUCCUCCCCACGCCUAGGGAAGCACCCAAAGUAUGUGAUGCCUGCAAGAGCAAGAAUGAGGAUGACAAUGAAAUUGUGGAAAACCUUUGCAAAAAUGACUUUGCCUUGAAGAUAAAAGUGAAGGAGAUCGCCUACAUCAAUGGGGACACCAAGAUCACCCCGGAAACAAAGAGCAAAACCAUCUACAAGCUGAAUGGUGUGACAGAAAGGGAUCUGAAAAAGACUGUUCUGUGGCUCAAAGGUGGCCUUCAGUGUACCUGUGAUGAAAUGAAUGACAUAAAUGCACCCUAUUUAGUGAUGGGACAGAGGCUGGCAGGAGAGCUGGUGAUCACCUCUGUAAAGCGGUGGCAGAAAGGUCAGAGGGCAUUCAAGAGAUUCUCACGCAGCAUCCGCAAGUUGCAGUGCUAGUCACUUCUGGCCUUGCUGCCUUCAGUCCCUAAAGCACUCUCCAAUCCCUUGCACCUUCCUCUUUCUUCACCCACAAAGCACAGCAGGCAUGGGAGAGGAAGAACCAUUUUACAAAAGGAAAGGGAAGUCAGUUUUGUACAUAUAGUAAAACUAUAAUUAAAAAAAAAUCAUGACUAUUUUUGUGAAGUAUUAAAAUAUCUUGCUUAGAGAUAGUUCUUUGCAUUGGUUCAGAACAUGACAUGAGACUUAAAAAAAUCUGUCAUUCUGGUUUUCUGUUUUGAACUGUUUCGCAAUACAUUAUAUAUCACUACAUUUCUGUAUAGGUUAUAUCAGGCCAUGAGAAUUUUGCUGAGCAAUAAGAUUUGGCAAACUUUCUAAUACUUUUCCCCACACAAGAAUGGGGAAAUAACCAAAACAUAUAAAGCAGACAGAUGGAAAUCUUCAUCAUGCCACUGUGACCACAGAGGAGAAAGUAAUUUUAAAAAGUAUGAUGGGAGUAAGGUUUUAUAGGACAAUUAUAAUUCAAGAAGCAUUUUAAGGUAGAUGCUGAGCUGAUAUAAUUUAGUAUACAUUCUGGUUACAUUAGGAGUGUGUGGCAUAUGCAAAUGAGUUGUGCUAAUGAGCUCUGGCACCUCUUUUCCUACAAAAUGACCCCUGGGUUAUAGUAAGAAUGAGUGUGUCAAGAAUAAGAUGUGAGUGUCUGGUUAAGUUUUGUGGCACAAAGCCACCAUGAAGGGUUGUGGCCCUCUCAUUUUGGGAAAGUAGUACCUCCAUAAUAUCACCAGCAGGGGUAUUACUCAGAAGAAAAGGUGCUGAGUGGAAAUUAUGGGAAAAGUUGCUUUCUGAUGUUUUUUCCACAUCUAAUCAGGGCUGUGGUAAAAGAGAGAGCUUGAAACUUGGACUCUUGCCAAAUUAUUGGUCACAAUCUUAUGCAAAGAGGAGCAUGCUUCAGUCUAUUAAUUUCAGCUGAGCUUCAGGUUUCUGACAAAGUGCAGCCGCUAAGGCUUAAUUUGGUCUUGAAUGUUAGGCCUAAUUUUCUCUCAUUUGGAAUUAUGUGCCAUCUAUUUCUAUACACUAUAGAAAAAUCCACUGUUGCAUGUGCUACUUAUGAAGAAACUUCACCAAUAAAGGUAUAUUAACAGGUUUUUUA